GGAGUGAGAGAAUCUGGUACAUAAUCUGUCUGUGUAUGCAGAAGGGCAGAAAGAAUGGAGGGGUGAGCGGGAGGCAUGGGGCGUGCAAAGGCUUCAGGGAUGCCUGCUGGGGGGCCCUAUGGCUCCCUGGUGGUCCUGCUGAUGCUGUGGUGCCUGGGGACCCAUGGGAAGUCACUGGUGGAUACCUCAAUGCCUCAGGAGGUCCACAUAAAAGUACAAGUGUAUGAGAAUGGGGACCUUUCUCCACUCCCUAUGGCUGUCGUGGAGAUAUUCGGUAAUCAGAGUGGCCUGGCAUCUGGCGUAACUGACCAGGACGGGAUGGUCGUGCUUGGCAUCAGCUACCGAAUAGGGACUUGGGUCCUGGUCACUGCUAGCAAGAGAGGCUACGUUACAAACUCCGUGCCAUGGCGCGUAGACCGACUACCACUAUAUGCCUCCGUCAGCCUCUACCUUGUUCCAGAGAGACCAGCAACGCUCAUCCUCUAUGAAGACAUUGUACAGAUUCUACUGGGCUCUCCAGGUGUCCGCAGUCAGCCCUGGGUACAAUUUCAGAGGAAGGCCGCUCGCUUACCUCGAUCGUCCACAUAUAACCAGCUCUCAUCCUCCCUCACCACCGCCAGUAACCUCCAUCAGAUGAGAGGGUUCCCUGCGUUCAUUGGGACAGAGCCUGAUUCUGGCAAUGGAGGUAGCACAACUUGGGUUGAGUUGGUCCCGGUGGCUGCAGUCAGUGUUCACCUUUUCACCGGUAAUGGCUCCGAGGUUAAUCUCUCUGGACCAGUACAGCUGUCUCUUCCUUUGCCACCCGACUCUGGGCUCACAACGUCCAGCAGUGUUCCUGCCUGGAGAUUUGAACCUAAGACUGGCCUGUGGAUUCGAAAUGGUAUGGGCAUGGUGAGAAGAGAGGGACAGCAGUUGUACUGGUCCUAUGUGUCCCCAAAGCUCGGUUACUGGGCAGCAGCCAUCCCGGCAACUGGAAGAGGAAUGCUGUCUCUUAUGGGUGGUGUGGACAUAGCUGGCUAUCACACCAUUUUCCUUCUCUCUAUUCUGGGUGCCCUCGCUCUUCUGGUGUUGAUACUGCUUUGUCUUCUUAUAUAUUAUUGCAGGCGACGUUGUCUGAAACCUAGACAGCAGCAUCAUAAACUGCAACUGUCGGGUAUAGCAGAACCCAAACGAGACCAGGCAACUUCUACCUCUCAUCUUAAUCUCAUCAGCACCAGCCACCUCGACUCCACGUCCACAGCUGACAGUGACCUUCGUACACCUGUUUUGCGUUCAGCUUAUUCAUCUCGUGAAGACUUCUGCAAGUCUGGGGGACGUUCUUCCCUCCAGCAUUCCACUGAUACUCUCCCACUAAGGCCAGGUCCUCGAGACGAGUAUCCAUUGAAAUCCGCCCGCUCUGGUGACCUGCUAGAUUCAGAAGAUCUAAAGAGAAACUAUGGGGCAGGUGGCAAGGGGCAGCACAGGAGACGAGGCAGGGGAGGAGUUAGAGAUCCCCCUCCUUCUCCUCCACCACUUCCACCACCAUUCAAACAUGUGAUAGGGGACUCUAAGCCUCCAGACUAUCUAAUGACGCAGUCAGCGGAUCCCUUGUCACGCCCUACCUCCUUAACCCAACCAGGCCAGCUCAUCUUUUGUGGGUCAAUUGACCACAUGAAGGAGGGUGGAUACCGACAUGCAAUGCCCACCUUGGUGAUCCCAGCUCACUAUGUUCGGUUGUCCUCUGAAGACAACCCUCCAGGACAGGGUGAUGAACAGUCUGAAAGUGAGUCAGGAUCAACUCAAACCUCUCAUGCUCAUCACUUUGCACCUCAAGAUCACGUCCAACGCCAGCAGCUGCUGCAACAAGUCCAUGCAUACCAACAGGGGGGAGCAUCUGGUGCACAAGACCAGGAUGGCAAAGGCUGGGGAGGUUCAGUUACAAUUCCAGUGGUCUUUAAUGAGUCCACCAUGGCACAACUCAAUGGAGAGCUACAAGCUUUGACUGAGAAGAAACUUUUGGAGUUGGGUGUUAAGCCUCACCCCAGAGCAUGGUUUGUUUCACUGGAUGGACGUUCCAAUGCCCAAGUGCGUCAUUCUUACAUUGACCUGCAGGCUGGGGACAAAGCCCGCAGUAAUGAUGCCAGCUUGGACUCAGGGGUAGAUGUCAAUGAGAUUAAAGUAAAACCUGGACAAGAUGAAAGAAUUGGGAGGUCACAGAUGCAACCGUCUUCACUCACUUACUCCAAGCUUGUCUUUGCUGAAGAAGGGGAACAGAGUCUGAGUGAAAGUAGGACUGGAGGUGGAUGUUCCCCGGAGGAUAGCUCACUCACACCACUUCUGGAUGAAGGUUCGGAAACUUGUCCAGUUAUGAGCAGGAGAGGGCGCAGCAGAGGAGACAGUUCCCGCAGCAGUACUAGUGAGCUACGAAGGGACUCUAUGACCAGCCCAGAUGAGGACCUCAAUGACCAAUCUGAAGGGCAAUUCCCACAAGAGACUUCGGAGAGAGAGCGGGGUUGCCUCUUGAAUCCGAAGCCUGGGGUUGGAGAUCGAAAAGACUGAAAAGACAAUGCCCCCCAACUUUCCCCUAUCCUUGAGGCACAGCUGAAGACGUUUCCAUGUGUAAGGAAAAACAACUCCAAACAGAUAAAGACUAUUACAUAGACAACAAAACACACAACCUAAAUAUAAGUACAUACACAUAGCCAAUUCAAAAAACUAUCACACAUAUAUGAGGACCCAGUACACUAUUAAAACACACCAUCACACAGAAAAAUGCCAGAAUCAUGUCUACACAAAGCACAUGUAUUUAUGUGUCCCUAUAGAUUGGAGUCUAUGAAGCUUAGGGUGAGACUCUUGAUGGGACCAAAUGCUCUCUUUUGUAAAUGAGAUAUUGUUGAAACCCUUACCUUAAACCUCGGCUUGUCCCUCUCUUCAUUUGCCUCAGAAGCAGAUAUUUUUCGGAAGGGGAGUAGUUGGUUAGGAACUCUGCUUUCUCAAGUGGUUGUGGCAUUGUUGGAUUUGGAGUCCCCUCAAUAUAUCCAGGAAUCACCCUGUCUCUCAUAUGGCAUUUCAUAUUUGGUCAUGGAGGCCUAUUGCAUAAGGUUCUUGGUAUACCAUGCAUUGUGGUUCUUGUAGUCCUAGUAAUUAAUUUGUGUAAGGUCUGUGGAAGCUCAUAGCUUGCAAUGCAUUAUGGUCCUUGUAGGUCUGGUAUUGAGACUCCAUACAUAUAUCAUGGCUUGCAUUACAUGUUCAUGUAACCCAGAUCUUAAGGAAUAUUAAUUGUUUCCAAAUGGACAUCUCUGGCUCUUUAUCACAAUGCAUUAUGACCCUUCAACUCUUCUGAAUCCCCUAUAACAAGCCUAGCAGAGCAUUAUUGUUAUUGUAAAUCCUAUUUAUAGUAGCCAAAACCUUGUAAUGCAUCCUGGUCAAUAUAGUAUGAAUCUUUCCUAGGAAUUCCACUCUCCCUUACUGCAGUCCAAUAUGGUCUUUAGAACAUUCUAAUCCUAGGGUCUUAAAUUAAUUUAUGAGGCAGUCUGCACUCCUGAUUUAUAAAGGAAUGCUCUCCUUUCCCUAUUCUCCAAUGUGAUCUGGUCCAUAGUCCAAGCAGGUGAUAGGAAAGAACACAGACCCGAUUAAUUUCAAUGGAUAACCGCACAAGGAGAGUGUAUUUGUUGUGUAAAACAGUAACAAGUUUUCCUACAGAACAUUAAUAAAAAAAAAAUUGUAAAAA